CGAGGACUUGGACAAGUUCCGAGCUCACAUUUCGCUCACAAAAUAAAUCAAAUCAACUCUCAUUCGAUUCGAUUCCCAUCUCACAAAACUAACUUAAGUUAUUAAUUCCCAUCACAAAACAAUGAUCAGCAUUCAAGUCUCCGUUCAACAUCCUACCACCAUGAUUCAAGCUCACAUCAAACUUGGAGUACCACGUUCUUGUGGAUCUACCUCUGUAUCAACACCUUCAGCGCAACCCAACAUGCCUCUCACAGACUACCUGUCACCCACAGAGUCCAUGGGAAAGCUGCCGCCUCUUGUGGAUCCACUCAUGUCCACGUUUGCUCUGGAACAACGACUUUUGGCUCUGAGAAGCCUGAAGCGAUCGUCCUGCUCUGACACUGAUGAUUGCUUCUUCCCUCCUUCCAAGAGAUCUCGUCGCACUUCCGCGACGACCUCUCUCAUUGAGUUUCCAUCCAUCUUGGACUUUUCCUCCUCCUCAUCAUCGUCCACCUCCUCACCACCAGCACCCACCAAGAAGUCUGUUCGCUUUGCCAGUCAAGAACCAACAGAUAUCAUCUCUCAGAACGAUGAUAACUACGACUGCGAGGCACGAUGGUACAGCCGUGCCGAGUACAACGCCUUUCGUCAAGACAUGAGACAGAACUUUUUCAUGCACUCCAUGUACAUGCGUCGCAACAGCCUUCCCCGCACGCAAUAUGACAGCAUCCCCCGUCCUCCCAAGGAUCUCUGCAUUCGUGGCCUCGAAAAGUUUUGCUUUCACGAUGUGGUCGGCAAGGACGCUCGCAAGCUCCGUCUUCAGGCGGUCUUGGACCAACAAGGCGUCCAGCAGGCAUUGGGCAAUGAUGAUCCCAUGGCCAUUCGCGUCGUGGCAGAACUGCACUCCCAAAAGGUCUGCCAGCAGGCUCUGGCACGAGCGGCCGACGACUUUCGUGCCGUCUUGUACGGAUGGAGCCGCAAGUCCAUCUAAACAAACUUCCACGCUUCCUUCUCUUCAAGCUUCUUCUCUUUUUCUACUGCUAUUGGCUGUACUUUCUAGUACUAUUUAAUUUUCCAACUAUAGAACCUAUCCCAUGUACUCUACU